AUGACUGUUACCAGAUUAGAAGAUCUACCAAAUGAACUGUGGUUAGAACUUUUCGUCUAUUUCACAUGGUUUGAACUAAAUUCAACAUGGCUUCAAUGGAAACUUAAUAAUCGCAUACAAUUGUUAGCUCAAAUAGCACAGAAUCGAGUUGCUUUGUCACUCUCAUCGAUGUCGUUUAUAACGUAUGGUGAAUGGCUGCAUUAUUUUGAACAUGAACAUCCAAUAAUAGCUCAUCGUAUAACUUCUCUUCUGCUCAAUGAAUCAAUUAUAUCGAAUGAAAUUAUUAGUCGGUGGCUUGAAAAUGAGAAAUCUUUUCUUCCAUGUAUUCGAAAAUGUACUGUCUAUGUCGAUCUUAUCAAUAGAUCUGCUCGAAUAAAUAUUAUCCUACUCAUUUGUCGACAUGCAUUGACUUUACGUCAUAUUGUGUUUCAUUUUAAUGAAAUCGAUAGAUAUUACGUGAUAAUGAAAAAGGUCAUCGAAGAACGUAUUUCUCUGCAUACAAUGCAAUUCAUCAUGAUUAAAGAUAGCAGAUAUUUUAAAUGGAUGAGUUCUUUAGCCGAAUGUGCCACUUAUUGUGAUCAAAUAUUUACAUUUCCGAAAACUGUUCGUUUGCGUAUCUCGUUACAACAUAUAUCUGAUUUAGCGUUAUUGAUGCAAUGCAAUACUUUACCGCAUAUAGAAGAUCUUCAUGUUACAAUGGAAACAGGAAUAUAUACCUCACAUCAAUUAGAUAAUUGGUAUGAGAAUGCACCUUGUUCUAUAUUAUGUCCUAAUGAUUUAAAUACAACUGGAGCCAAUCUACCACAUCUACGCACAUUACAAUUGCGACAAGUAGACAUUACUAAUGUUAUUGUAUUGAUACAACAUGUGAAAUCAAUGUGUCAACUUGAAUCAUUAAUUUUGGUAAACUGUAAUGUUAAAGAUAAGAAUGAACUUAUUGUAUUUAAAAGCUGUAUUAGAAAUUUUAUGAUUUGUCUGCGUUGUCUUCGUUUUCUAUUUUAUUUACCUGCUGAAACCAAGCUUGAAAAAAUUGAUCUCGACUGGUUUAAUUUAAGUCAUCAUACUGUUGAAUAUGAGAUAAAUGGACUAAUGGUACUUUACACAGUUCCAUAUCCAUUAAAUAGUCAACGACAAGUAUAUAAUCAUACGUUUGGACGACAGUCGACAAUUAAUAAUAAUAUUAAUCAUAUUGAAUGGAUAAUUGAUUGUGAUCCUUUAUCUAUUGAUACUACUCUUACUCAUUUUCAAUAUGUUAAUUCACUUGUUUUAUUUUUUGAUAUUAAAGAAAUGAAUAUAAACAUAGAUUCUUGGCAUGUAUUACUUCCAUUUUUACGUCAUCUGAAACUUAAUUUUGAUUCGAAUCCAAUAAAAUCUGGGAUAUCAUAUUAUCGAUCUGUAACACCGAGCCAUUAUCGUUGCAUUAUUCUUGAGAAAUUUCGUAAAUGUGCUUCUACUCUUGAGUGUUUGACGCUACACUGGUCUGACCUUGAACUUCUUCUUGAACAUUCUUCAUCACCUUGGCCAUUUGUUCGACAACUUAAUAUUCGUUUGAAAUCACGCACAAACUUUCCAUCUGCAUCUUUGAUCAAACAAUCACCAACGAAUAAAGCUUUUCCUCAACUACAAUAUCUUUCAUUUAGUGGACGUCGUUUCUCACUUAAUCCACCGAAACCACUCGCAACUUGGAUCCUUUUAUGUUUCGAUGCUCUCGUAUCUUCUUCGUCAAAAUUCAUCAUAUUACAUGUAAAUAGAUGUUAUGUUACUUAUCGAAGUUUUCCUCUUACAUCUCGUGACAUACUUCUGACACUUCUUACAGAGCAUGUUCGUUCGAGAAGUGAUCACUAUUCAUCAUCUAAAAUCGUUAUCGAUGAGAAUGAAGAGAUAAUUAUUUGGCUUUGA